AGUCUUCUCUCUCCUCCUUCUUCUUUAAACUCCUCCCUCAGCUGCCCCUUUAUUCAGUCCAUCGUUCUAUCUACUCCCCCGAUCUCUUAGCAAGAUGAAGCUCAGCGUGGAUUCUUUGUUGAGCUCCUUGAAGAGGAGCUCCUCCUCGAAGAACGAGAAGAAGAAGAGCAGGCGCUCCGUCGCUCGGGCGGACGCCUCCUUCGCUUCCAACUCUUCUUUUUCUGCUUCUUCCUCUUCCGAGGAGGAGUAUUCGGCCGUCUCUGCCCGCCAAGCUACGCCAAGAUCCGUCCUCCCGCCGGGCCAUGGAAAGGCGCCUGUCGUCUUCCUCCCUGACGAGGCCUCCUGGCUCGACCUCUUCAACGUGUUCGACUGCGACGGGGACGGCAAGAUCACGAAGCGGGAGCUGGAGGCGGUACUGCGGCGGCUCGUCCCGGACCCGCCCACUGCGGAGGAGGUGGCAUCCAUGGUGGCGGAGGUGGACCGCGACGGGGACGGGUGCAUCAGCCUGGACGAGUUCGGCGCGCUCGGGGCGUUGCUGGGCGGGGGGCGCGGCGGGGAGGCCGAGCUGCGGGACGCCUUCGCGGUGUUCGACGCGGACGGGGACGGGAAGAUCUCGGCGGAGGAGCUUCUGGGCGUGUUCGCCACGCUGGGCGACGGCGGCUGCACGCUCGACGACUGCCGCCGGAUGAUUGGCGGCGUCGACACCGACGGCGACGGCUUCGUCGGCUUCGAUGAUUUCGUCCGCAUGAUGGACGGCCAGAUGUGUCACUGACGCCGCCGAACCAGAUACGGACGGCGUUCAUGGGUGAAGAAAUCAAUAGUUGUGGGCGGGAGGGUUUUGGUGCCAAAUUUUUGUAACAUGUAAAAAGAAAUGGUUGGUUCCGAUCAAUUAAACUGCUUCCCCCCCAAAAAAAAAGAAAAAGAAGAUAAAAAUGUGUUCGACUAAA